CCCUCCUCGCCCGCUGCUUCCGCCCGGUGUCGGCAGAGACAGCGCCGGCCGCCGCCGUGCCGGGAGCUGGAGAGCCUGCCAACGGGGAAGCAAACAUGAGGUCAGAAGAGCCAGUGCCCUUACAUGAAGAAUUUAUCUACUGUUGUGGAGCUGCUACCCAUGUCUUAAAGUGUGGGCCCUGGAAAGACCUCUCAAAAGAUGAAAGUAAAAAUCUACCCAGGCUCUUGUUCAUGAUUAUUCCUGGUAACCCAGGACUGGCAGGUUAUUACAGGACCUUUAUAAAGGCCCUUUAUUGUGGACUGAACCAGCAGUAUCCUGUCUGGGUUGUGAGCCAUGCUGGACACUGUAAACCUCCGAGUGGGAUGGAAAUGAUAGAAGACACAGAUAUUAAGGAGCUAGAGGAUGUUUUUGGACUUAACGGCCAAGUAGAGCAUAAGCUGAACUUCCUCAAAAAGAAUGUAUCAAAAGAUAUAAAGCUGGUACUGAUUGCUCAUUCUAUUGGUUGCUACAUCACUCUGGAGAUGAUGAAACGAGCAUCAGAACUUCAGGUGCUGCGCUCCGUGCUGCUGUUCCCGACCAUCGAGCGCAUGGCCCAGUCCCCGCAGGGCAAGCUCAUGACGCCCCUGCUGUGCAAGCUGCGCUACGCGCUCUACAUGCCCGUGUUCCUGCUGUCCUUCCUGCCCGAGGGAGUCAAGGCCUCCCUGGUGAGGUUUGCUCUGCGGGGGAUGAAGACCUGCGAUGAGUCCUCAAUAACAACCUCCAUAAAUCUCUUCAGUGUCGACUGCAUUGCCAACAUCUUGUACAUGGCAAGCCAAGAAAUGAUGAAGGUGGUGGAGCGAGACAGUACAACCAUAAAGCAAAAUUUAAAGAAGCUGAUUUUUUACUAUGGAACUGGAGACAGCUGGUGUCCACAGCACUACUACGACGAGAUCAAAAUGGAUUUUCCAGACGGGGACAUCCGGCUCUGUGAGAAGGGGCUCCGCCACGCCUUCGUGCUCGAUGCCAGCAAGGAGAUGGCUGCCAUGAUCACAGACUGGCUACAGGAUGAUCUGACCAAAUUAUAAACACUAAUUCAGUGAUCAACAAGAAAAAGAUGUAAUUAUUUUGUGAACGUGUAAAUUUUUUUUGUGAGAGAGUCUGUCUUUUUUUUUUUUUUUUUCUGUUUACUAUAGAUUAUGGCUUGUUUUCUAUUGAGAUGUUUUAGAGAAAGUUAAAGAGAGACUGGCUGGUCCAAAGUAUAGUUUUGUUGACUCAGUGCUUAUGUAGUUUCAUCCUGAGUCUUCAGGACUCUGGAAGACAUGGCAAAGGGUGGAACAUUUAUUGUCUGCUGGCACUUUAGACAAUGCUGACACAACUGUACCUGAGCUGCUCCCACCCCACUCUCUGCUGCAGAAGUGUCAGCAUGUGGGUGGGUCCUGGCAAUGGUCCUGGGCAGCCCUGACCUUGUCUCCUCUGGGUCAGAGGGGGUCGGUGGUCAGGCUGAGUUUGGGAUGGGUUCAGGGAAGAUGUGGAGAUCAGGUGUGCAGUUUCUCCAAGUCUCACCAUGGGUUUGGGGCACUGCCAUGACUCCACAGGGUAUUAGAAAUGCUGUGAGGUAUCUGUGACUGCUCAGCAAGGGAAUAUAUAAGGAUCUCUUACCUGGAACAUGGCCAAGUGUUUCAUUUUUCAGUUGACUGUAGAGAAGGGAAAGUACACUGGUCAAAAAUGCCAGUAUUUAAAAGUUAAAAUGGAUUGCAGAAUCCAUGUAUAACAACUUCUAGGUGGCCUAGCUCUCCUAAUGAAGUCCAUGAGAACAGUGCUUGCUCAGCAACUUUAAAGAAUUGAACCACUUUUGAGGCAUGUCUGAAUUUCAGUUCUUUGCUUUAAGGACUGAAGUAUGAAAUUUUCUGCCAAGCCACAAAUUAGGUACGUUCACCAUCAGAAAACAUCUGUUACUGUGCCAUGGCUGCACCCAUGACAUGGCAUGAAUGUUACUGUUGAGAACCAGACCCUUGCAUGGUGCUGACAAGUUCCUUGUUCCUCACAUUUGGUGAACCCUUUCCUUUACAGAUGGAAAACAAAAAAAAAGAAAAAAGCCUCCUACCAGUUGUGAUAACAAAAGAAGUUGCAGGGAAUAGCUAGAAAUGAAAAUAUUGCAAGUAAGGGGAACAGAGCCAAGUGUAAUCAGGAAAAGCUUUCUAGCCAUGAACCUGUGAAAAAGUCUCCCUGUGGAGUUCAUAAAGACAUUUAUAAAUAAGCAAAACACUACAGCGUAGUCAGGGGAGGUCCAGUCCUUGCAAAAAGAUGAAUUUAGAUGAUGCACUGAGUAUCUCACUUACAUGAUUUAUUACCAGUUUUGAUACAUGUGAGAAUGGUAUUGGAGAAUGUUCUCUGUGAUGCAAAAAGAUCAAUUAGUUGCUUUGUUUUCUUACACAAUUAUUCACACCCCUUCCACUGCUCUCUAAACCCCCUUGAACCUUUCACUAAUAUUUAGAGCAGCUUGUGAUAGAGUUCAGUUCCUGGAUAUCUGGGACUAGUUUUCAAACCUGCAGACUGACACUGGAUUUAAGUGACCUUCUCUGUAUCAGAAACUGGUUUAGCUUUUGAGACUAGCCAGUGGUUUUUCCAGUCACACUGCCACGUAAAGAAAUGGCCAUGAUGAGUGGGGCAGGAGCACUGGGAGCACAGUUUCAGCAGCAUGGGGAGGAACCAGACGCACUCAAAGUGAGGAGACUUUGCCCAUGCAGCUGAUUCUGCCUACUGGAGAGUCACGGGACUUUCCAUCUUUACAGGUCCAUAUUCAGUCAUGAUCAAAACAAUCCUUGUGCUCACUGCAGAAAUCCACAGUUGUGUGUGUGUGUGUGGUAGUCCCCAGAUGCUGGGAUCAUCCCAGCUGGAUGGCCUUGUGGCAGAUGCUCCCUGCAUCUGCUGGCUGAGGUUUUCCCUGGGGCAGAGCCAGGGAGGACGUGCCCAUAGGUGGAGAUACUUUAAUGUACACAUAUAUGUGCAUGUGCACCUGUCUGUAUGUCAGCAGCAUAAAAAUCACAGCUCACUUGGUUGUUUUGGUUUGCACAUUGGUGUGGUUGAACAAAACAUUUGUUCUUUGAAGUAUGUGGAGUCAGGGAACGGACAAAGACUCAGUUUGUGGGAGUUCAGCUGUUGUAGUGGGUCUCCUGAGACCAGACAGAUUCUUGCAUUAACCAAAGAUGACAAGCAGCUACUACAGCCUGGAAACUGAAGCACCUAUGAGAAGCAGUUGUUUACAGUGCAUUAUGAGUAUACUUUGUAUGAGGAAUUAAUUUAGCAAUACUUGUACUUGACUUGUGUAUGCCUUUUAUACAAAAGUUAAUCCAUUAUACUAAAUCCUAACUGCAUUAAGACCUAAACUGAGAUUAGGUCUGGUCAGUGAUGACCAGAUCUACUGCAGAAGAAUGCCUUACAAUUUUCUUAAAAGAAUUUUCUCUAGUAUUAAAAAUAAAAACCAUAUUGAUUCAAUUGCUACCUUCUGCCUAGAAGCUGUUACUGUAAGGCAAAGAUCUGAAAAUUUGCUACUCUGUUCAUUGCUAAAACACACGGGCCUACUUUCCACAGCUGUAUUUCCUGAGAGGAGCAGAUCCCACACAGUGAGAAUCCAGCUCCUCAGAAGCCCAUGGUGUUCAUUGUCACCCCAGGCAAAGAGUGUCAAAAGUGCUUGUGGUCCAAAUGUGCCAAUUUACCAUGAAAACACAGUGUGGUUUUUGCCUGUUUUAGACUAUUUAAGAAUUCUUGGAAAACCUAUCACAAAUAUAUUGACUGUAAGCUGUAGCACCUACUCACUGUCAUCCACAUCUGUGCUUGAUUCUCACCACACGAGUAACCCUGCUAGUGCAGUGACUUUGACUCAUGUGCAAGUGUUUUGCUAGAUCGAUACCUUUUAAUAAAAGUACACAGCUCCAAUAACAAAAAUAAAGAAAUUUAUGGUAAAAUGUAA